CGAGCACCGAAGCGGCGCGCGACGCUGAUGGAGGAGCGACGAGGCCGAACGGCCUCCACGAACUCGGACGCUACACACAUAGGAUGUUGUUCACGUUUGAAGGCUUUUUUUCCCAAGCUGCUCGACAUCACGAAGCCCAGUUGCCUUAGGAUUGAAGUGGCUAUGCUUGUGUUUAUGAGCAAUAGGACAAGUGUAUCUUAAUCUGAAGUUAUUUAUUUUCAUGUUUUGUGAUGAACUUGUGAAGAAAAAGGAAAACAUGUGGAUAGACAAACACUAAAAAUAUGCAAGGACAACAAAAUGGAGGAAAAUGACCAAAGAACAAAUGUUUGUGAUGAACCACGCACGAGUGGUUCUGUUUGAAGUACAGUUACAUGAAGUAAUUUAUUAAUCAUGCGUCAGCAAAGGCCACGGUAACGUCACUGUUGUGAAUGUUUGCAUUAAGGAACACACACACACACACACACACACACACACACACACACACACACACACACACACACACACACACACACACACACACAGAAAACACUCACAGGAACCUUGUCUUGGACUUUAUUGUUUCCUAUCAGGGCCUUCGUUGCAUUUUCCAGCCUGUGAUUAGCUCCAGUCUUGACACCAAGGCUGUUUGAGCAGCUCCUAAGUAUGAAACUAAGGACGGACCCUUCUUUUAUUAUGGACCUGAUGAUGAAGGUGACACAUUAGUAUCCUGGUACUGAGGAGAGGUUAGAAAACUGUUUUUUUUUUAUAUGUGUGUGAGUUUAGUAUGUAUGGGUGAAUGAGUAUGGAUGUGUGCACCUAUAAAUGAAUGCUGAUCUUUAUCUAUAAAGGGCCAUACUGUAACUUUUCACUGUGAGGUUUUUAUGAUACUGUAUGACAAUGCUUUCUUGCCAAACUGGUUGCUGCAAGGCAUGUUUUAUAUAAUUCUCUGGAGUUGUUUCCAUUCCUGGUUUCUUUGUGUCAGAAGGAUCAUUUGAAGAGAAUAAUUUCCUCAGCGCCUUUUACUGGACUGUGAUUGUUUUUAUUUGGCUGGUUUCAUUCUGAACGUGAAUAAGCAAAAGCAAAAGCUUACCAAUGUAACUUUGGAUUGUGUUAUAAUGUGUCAAAGUAAACUAACCCCUGAUAAUGUCAGGAUUAGCUGUAUGCAGGAAUUCUGCUCACAAGUAUUGCCUUGAGAUUAUGCAGUUCCAAGGUCCACCCACUUCAUGGGCCACUGUUCACAACUUUACAUAAGAGUAUUUAACACGAGUCGGUUGUACGGUGUCUGGUGCAUGGAGGCUUGUAAGUCCCCCUAAAUUAGGCCUUUUGAAACAAUGAUCAUAUGAAUGUAUUUAAUACUCACUAUGUUUUCCGCACUGAAACAACGCUUUACUUUUGUACUGAAGAAGGAACUGAAUCCGUGAACGUGGAGUCAGAUUCAUUGAAGUUCAUGAUUGCUUCAACGAAGUACUAUUACACCGGGUGUUGAAAUGCUCACCUUUCUGUCUGAGCCUACAAACCUUACCUUUAUAGGGUACAUACUGUAAGGAAGCUACUUUUCUCUUGCCCUCUGCCAUGAAAUAAUAUUCAAAAAUGAAUUUUGCCAAGUUUAAGAAGCAGUGCGAUGAUUGAGUUACCCCUUUAGAAGGAAAUAAAUGGUUGUUUUUUACAAUAACCUUGAUUGUUAUGUUUGUUAAUUCUCACGUAGUCUAAUAAUCUCUAUAACUGAUAUGAGAGCUGCGUUCAUAAUAAUAGAAACGUAGGGCACUGUGUGAUCUUUCUCCAUAUUGUUCAUUUGUGGUUUAUAAUUAAGCAUAUUCAAAAUAAAAUAUUCAGAUGCUUUAUAUAAUAAUAUAUAACCUGUUUACCUCAACAGUUAAACUUCAUUUGAUUUGACAGCAGCUUUGGCCCGCUUACUGGUUGCUUUAAUUCUAGCUUUCAUGUCAAUCAGCAGUGUGCAAUCAAGAUUCCCCCCUAUGACAGUAACCUGAGCGAUGCCUCCUUCUCCUUUUCUGAAUAUAUCAGUCUACAGUUUCAAAAGGGUGAUACAGGAGCGAGUAUUUAAUUGCUUGCGUAUAAAUAAUGAAUUUUUGUUGAGGUGAAGGCAAUGUUAACUUACAACACUCGACACUGAACAUUAAUUAAGACACAUACAUUCCUCCUAAUCCCUGAUGAAAACGCACAAAAGCAGUGUUAGGCUUGUGACAUGGGAACAUGGAUGCGCUUGUAAUCCACAUUUUGUUUUUAGGAUGUUAUUUCUGCAUCACAAAUAAAACCUACAUUAUUACUACUUGUAGCUGCCACAUAUUUUAUUUUAUUUUAUUUUAUUUUAUUUUAUUUUAUUUUAUUUUAUUUUAUUUUAUUUUAUUUUAUUUUAUUUUAUUUUAUUUUAUUCAUAAAAUAUUCACUAAAUAUUAUUUUAGCGCGUCGAUGUUACUGUGACGUGUGAAAGCAGGAAGUGUUGCUGCUCUCGGUGAAAGCCGCGUUCUCGCCCGUUACCGCGUGUGGGUCGCGCGCGCCGCCAGCAGGGGGCCUCCGCUUCAGCUAAUCAUUAAACAAAUGGCACCUGUUCGGUUCAAAGACAGAGCCGCCGGGCCGCGGGAGUGUUGGAUCCGGGUUUGCGUAAGGCUCAGAGUGACAUCUUCAAGAAUCUGGACAACCCGCAGCGGGACUGUUCGCGACGCCUCCCACGAGAUAAAGCGCUUGCGAGGCGGACGGGAACAGGUGUAGCCGGCGACGACUCGGAAACUUAAGAUCAUGCGUCUGUUUCCACGCCGCCGCAUGUCCCCCCUGAAACUGGUGCUCCUCGCGGGGACCGUCUUCAUGGUGGUGCUGGUCGUGCUCCAGAAGGACGUCGCCUCCUCCCCCGCGGCGGACCCGUGGUUCCGCGACCUGGUGGACAAGCGGGACCAGGUGAUGGGCAUGGUCCGGAAGGCGGUCCUGGGCCUUCAGAUCGGCGCGCCGCUGCCUCCCUCGCCGCAGGACCGGCCCACGGAGGACGCCGGCUGCCCGGCCGGCUUCUACACGCGGGCCGAGCUCAGGCCUCACCUGGAGAGGCCGCCGCAGGACCCCUCGGGCCCGGGGGCUGAUGGGAACGCGUUCCCCGAGGACAAGCUGACGCCGGAGGAGGCGAAGGAGCGGGAGGACGGCAUGACGCGCCACUGCUUCAACCAGUUCGCCAGCGACCGCAUCUCGCUCAGCCGCGGCCUCGGCGACGACACGAGGCCCCCAGAGUGCGUGGAGAGGAAGUUCCGGCGCUGCCCCCCCCUGCCCACCACCAGCGUCAUCAUCGUCUUCCACAACGAGGCCUGGUCCACCCUCCUCCGCACCGUCUUCAGCGUCUUGCACACGUCCCCCGCCGUCCUGCUCAAGGAGAUCAUCCUGGUGGACGACGCCAGUACGGCAGAGCACCUGAAGGCCCGACUGGAGGAGUUCGUGGCGCGGCUGAAGAUCGUGCGUAUUCUGCGGCAGCCGGAGAGGAAGGGCCUGAUCACGGCGAGGCUGCUGGGUGCAAAGUUUGCCGAGGGCGAAAUUCUUACCUUCCUCGACGCACACUGUGAGUGUUUUCACGGUUGGCUGGAGCCCCUGUUGGCUCGCAUCGUUGAGGAACCCACGGCCGUGGUUAGCCCCGAGAUUUCCACCAUUGACCUGAACAGCUUCAGCUUCCACAAGCCAGUGCCCAACGGCCACGCGUACAACCGAGGAAACUUUGACUGGAGCCUGACUUUUGGCUGGGAGGGGAUCCCUGAAGAGGCAAGGAAGCUACGCAAGGACGAGACCUACCCUGUGAAAACCCCCACUUUUGCCGGUGGUCUUUUCUCAAUCUCCAAGAAGUAUUUUGAAUACAUUGGAACAUACGAUGACAAGAUGGAGAUUUGGGGCGGUGAGAAUGUGGAGAUGUCAUUCAGGGUUUGGCAAUGUGGUGGUCAGCUGGAGAUCAUCCCGUGUUCUAUAGUGGGCCACGUCUUCCGCAACAAGAGCCCCCACACCUUCCCCAAGGGCACGGAGGUCAUCACUCGCAACCAAGUGCGCCUGGCUGAAGUCUGGAUGGACGACUACAAAAACAUCUUCUACCGCCGCAACAAGAUAGCUGCCAACAUGGCCAAAGAGAACAAGUACGGAGACAUUUCUGCUCGCCUGAAACUGAGAGAGGGGCUGCAGUGCAAGAACUUCUCCUGGUACCUGGACACGGUCUACCCGGAGGUCUUCAUUCCAGACCUCAACCCAGAGAAACAUGGAGCAAUAAAAAAUCUGGGAUCUCAAAGUUGCCUGGACGUUGGCGAGAACAACCACGGCGGUAAACCUGUGAUCAUGUACACAUGUCACAACAUGGGAGGCAACCAGUACUUUGAAUACACCUCCCACAAGGAGCUGCGCCACAACAUCGGAAAGCAGCUGUGUCUUCAGGCCGCACCUCAGUCCGAACCGGUCAAGAUUGAGCUGUGCCAGCUGAAAGGGAAGGGGACCAGUGUGGCACCGCAGCAGGAGUGGGUCUUCACAGAGGACAAUCUUCUGAAGAAUCCUAGCAGUGGCAAAUGCUUGCAGCUGAAAGGAAGCCAGAUUCAGAUGAACCACUGUAAUGCCGCCGACCUCAUGCAGCACUGGAGCAUCAGCUGACCUCCUUCCUGCACUGGGCGACCACUAGCACCUUCUUCACUUUGAGCUUCAAGGAGCCAUUUCCAAUAUUGAUCCAGGACUUGAUUCUCUGGAGGUUUUGCUGCUGAAGCUGAAUGGACAGAAAAAGAGGCAAAGUGGAGCCUUUUCUAUCUAUUGACGAUGCCGCAGAUUGAUCGGUUAUUAAGUUUAUUUAUGAUGGAAACUCAGGAAAGACUUUUGUGGGUGCUUGGUGAUUAGAAGGCGACGCACACCAAAAUGUGUGCACCUGUCUCAGGAGCUGCAGCUUGACCUGUGGCUGUGAACUGUGUGAACAUACACUCCACUAAAAAUUUUGUUCGAUUUCAUGGCCUUUUUUUCUGUGAAAGUGAAUGUUCCUUUUUUAAUAAAAUGUUUUUGUGUCUGA